GUUCGGGCAGCAGGCGGUUUAGGAUCAGGAAAAGAAGAUGCGGGGAUCGGUUGUGUGUGUUAUGUUGGUGGUGUGCGGGUCGGUGCUGGCUCAGGAUGUUCCCCCGUACACCGAGGAUUGCAGAAGUGGGACUUACCCCCCUUCAGGACCUACGUUUAAAGGAAAGGUCCAGUGGUAUACAGUAAAUUUGGACCAGCCCCCAUAUGAGAGAUGGCAGAAGCUGAUCAGUGAUAAGAAGGCCCCGCUAAAUGAACUAAUUCAGCAUAUCAAGAACCUGGCAAAAGCAAUUUUUCCAAACCUUAUCGACAUAGUGGAUAAUAAAUUGCCUUUCCUUAUUGGAAAACUCCCGUCCCCGUUUGGUGAAGAAAUGAAAGGUGUUGCAGAUGCAGCUGGCCUGCCACUAGGGGAAAUUAUGUUGUUCAACAUCUUUUAUGAAGUCUUUUCUGUUUGCACAUCAGUAGUGGCACAAGAUACCUCGGGCAAGUUAUUUCAUGCAAGAAACCUGGAUUUUGGAUUAUUUCUGGGCUGGGAUGUGAAGAACAAUUCAUGGAUAGUCUCUGAGCUUCUUAAACCCCUCGUGGUCAACGUGAAUUUCCAAAGAAAUAAUAAAACAGCUUUCAUGUCUACAAGUUUUGCUGGAUACAUCGGAAUGCUAACUGGAAUGAAACCUGGUGUCCUUACUCUCACUAUGAAUGAACGUUUCAGUUUAGAUGGAGGAUACAUAGGAAUCUUGGAGUGGAUACUUGGAAAAAGACAUGGGGUGUGGAUGGGCUUUCUUACCAGAAGUGUACUAGAAAAUGCUACCAGUUAUGAUGAAGCUAAAGAUCUUCUAUCGAAAACGGAGAUGCUGGCCCCGGCGUAUUUCAUCCUGGGAGGUAACAAGCCCGGCCAGGCCUGUGUCAUCACACGCUCCAGGACAUCCUCAAUCAAUUUCUGGGAACUGGAUACUCAGAAGGGUGAAUGGUAUGUCCUGGAAACAAACUAUGAUCACUGGAAGCCUCCACUGGUCAUUGAUAACAGAAGAGAUCCAGCCAUGAAAUGCAUGAAAACAAAAGGCCAAAAGAGCAUUUCAUUUACAACAAUCUAUGAUGUGCUUUCUACUAAGCCUGUUCUUAACAAGCUUACCACAUACACAGCCAUGAUGUCGAUUUCUGAGAACAAGUUUGAGGCCUACCUCAGGGACUGUCCACACCCCUGCAUGCCUUGGUGAGAAGACAAAUGGCGGAAC